AAGCAGAGCGCGAGGCUGGCCGCGGCCGGGGCGGCGCGCGAGAGUUCGGCUCCCGGGAGGCGCCGGGUGCUGCGGGUGCGCGCCGCCAUGAGCGCAGAUAGCAGCAAGUUGCUGGGAAACCAUCCACCUGUCUACGGGACGCUUCUGCAGGGCCCUGGUAAAUCCUGCAUGGAGGUUAGCAGUUACCAAAGCAGAACAUGGCGGAUCAUCCUUUGCUACAUGUUCUCUGUGCUGACGGCAGGAAUCCUGUUGAUCGUCUUUCGCUGGAAACCGAGCCUGGAGGUCCGAGCAAAGUGCAGGCCGUGCGCCCUGCGGCACGCCGACUGGAUCAUCAUCACCGAUCGGUUUGGGCAGUGCUUCGUUACCCAGGUGCAAACUGAACAGCUCGGCGAGGGCAGCCUCGAGCAUCAUCCUGGGGCCAGAGGCGAUGAUGGGAGAACCAGUGUCGCCGUUGGAGUGUUGGACGAAGACGACAGCAGAGACACCGUCCGGCUUCACAGGAAGGAGGAGAAAAACGUCGUGCGCUACUAUCUCUUUGAAGGGUCGCGCUACGUCUGGAUUGAAAGACGGCAGGCGUACUGCAAGGUCAGUGUCUUAGAUGACGGCUGGACCUGUGCAGACAUCCAUCUCUCCCGGUCAGGCCUCAGCCAGCAAGACCACAGCACCAGGAGAAAGGUGUAUGGGCCAAACCUGAUUGAUGUGCCGGUCAAAUCCUACCUCAGGCUGUUGGUGGACGAGGUGUUGAAUCCCUUCUACAUCUUCCAGGUUUUCAGCAUCAUUUUGUGGCUCUGUGACACCUACUACUAUUACGCUGCCUGCAUAUUCAUCAUCUCUGCAAUAUCCAUAGGGCUGUCGCUCUACGAGACUAGAAAGCAAAGCGUGACGCUGCAGAACAUGGUGAAGAUGGCCAUCGGCGUGAGAGUCCACCGAGCCUCUGGAGAGGAGGCGGUGGUGAGCUCUCUGGACCUGGUGCCGGGUGACUGCAUCAGUCUCCCCGCCGACGGGUUCGUCGUCCCCUGCGACGCCGCGCUGCUGACCGGCGAGUGCAUGGUCAACGAGAGCAUGCUGACAGGGGAGAGCGUCCCAGUGAUGAAGACGCCUUUACCCAGCGGACCCCAAGCUGCCAACAUGAUCUAUUCCCCUGAGGAGCACAAACGGCACACGCUGUUCUGCGGGACUCAGGUCCUCCAAGCCAAAUCCUACGUGGGCAAGGAGGUCCUGGCUGUGGUGACACGCACAGGGUUCUGUACAGCCAAAGGGGACCUGAUCAGCUCUAUCCUCUACCCCAAGCCUGUGAGCUUCAGGUUCUACAGGGAUGCGGUGAAGUUUGUCCUCUUCCUCGCAGUUCUGGCUCUUAUCGGCACCACGUACAGCAUUGUGAUUUUGAUUAGAAACCAGGUUCCUCUCCAGCAAAUAAUCAUCCGUGCGCUGGAUCUCAUCACGGUCAUCGUGCCCCCGGCUCUCCCUGCUGCGAUGACCGUGGGCACCAUCUAUGCCCAGAACAGGCUGAAGCGGCAUGGCAUCUUCUGCAUCAGCCCUCCCCGGAUUAACCUGUGCGGGAAAAUCCGCCUGGUCUGCUUUGAUAAGACCGGGACCCUCACAGAGGAAGGCCUGGAUGUCUGGGGCGUCGUUCCCGUGGAGAAUAACUGCUUCCUGCCCAUCGUCCACGAGCCCCGCUGCUUGACCGAUGGCCCCUUGCUGUACUCGCUGGCCACCUGCCACAGUGUGUCUCUGCUGAGGGAGCAGCCCAUAGGAGACCCCAUGGACCUCAAGAUGGUGGAAUCCACCGGCUGGCUCCUGGAGGAGGCCACAGGGGAGGAGGCCAAGCUGCGCACAGUCCAGCACUUUGGGACAAAGGUCCUAGUGGUGAUGAAGCCGCCCCCUCUGGAAGAACAACCCCACGGCAUGAAACACAAGGUGUCCGCUGGGAUUCUCCGUCGGUUCCCGUUCUCCUCCUCCCUGCAGAGGAUGAGCGUCCUGGUGAAGCUGCCUGGUGACGCCCCUUCAGAGGCGUACAUAAAGGGGGCUCCAGAGAUGGUGGCCAGUCUCUGUAAGGAAGAAACAGUCCCUCCGGAUUUCUCCCAGUUGUUACGACACUACACUACAGAUGGUUUCCGGGUCCUGGGGCUCGCCUACAAAACGCUACCUACCCUCAAAACCUUUGAGGAAGCUCAGCAGCUGACGAGGGAUGCCGUAGAGAGUGGAAUGACUCUCCUUGGCUUCCUAGUGAUGAGAAACGUCCUCAAGGCAGAGACGGCCUCCGUGAUCCACCUGCUGAGGAACGCAAACAUCCGCACCGUCAUGGUGACAGGGGACAACAUGCUGACCGCGGUGAACGUGGCCAAGAGCUGCCGGAUGGUGGAGCUGAAGGAGCGGGUGGUGUUCGUGAACGCCUCGCCGCCCAGCCACAACAAACCCGCCGCCCUCAAAUUCAUCCUCUCCGACGACCCCCAGGGACAGGAACAGCCACAGGGCCUGUACCAGCAGGACGGCUGUUUCCUCGAGCAGCAGCCCUGCCACUUGGCGCUGAACGGGAAAUCCUUCUCUGUGGUCUGUGAACACUUCCCCCACCUGCUACCCAGGAUCCUGAUUCAGGCCACAAUUUUUGCUCGCAUGUCACCUGAGCAGAAAACACAGCUGGUUUGCAGCUUACAAGACCUCAACUAUUGCGUGGGGAUGUGCGGGGACGGCGCCAAUGACUGCGGAGCGCUGAAGGCGGCUGACGUGGGGAUCUCUCUUUCGGAGGCGGAGGCCUCCGUGGCUUCACCGUUCACCUCCAGAAUCGCCAACAUCGAGUGUGUGCCCAUGGUCAUAAGGGAAGGCCGAUGUUCUCUGGUCACCUCCUUUGGGGUUUUUAAGUACAUGGCCCUGUACAGCCUGGUGCAAUUCGUCUCAGUGCUUCUACUCUACACAAUUAACACCAACCUGAGUGACUUCCAGUUCCUCUUCUUUGACCUGGUCAUCACUAUGACCGUGGCUGUGCUGAUGGGCAAGACCGGACCUGCCAAGGAGCUGGGCACAAAGUGCCCCCAAGGGGCACUGAUCAGUAUUGUUGUCCUCGGCAGCCUCCUCCUCCAAACAGCUCUGCUGAUCACAGUUCAAGUCAUGAGUUACUUCAUCACAGUCUCACAGAGCUGGUACGUCCCGCUAAACAGCACGGUGAGUGCCCCGCAGAACCUGCCCAACUACGAGAACACCGUGGUGUUCUGCAUCUCGGGCUUUCAGUACCUGAUCCUCGCCGUCGCCAUGUCCAAGGGGUACCCCUUCCGGGAGCCACUGUACACCAACGUGCCGUUCCUGCUUGUCCUUGUCGCUCUCUUCGGCCUGACGAUGGGGAUCACUCUUUACCCGCUGGGCUUCGUGAAAGCCGUGCUGAAGCUGAAAGACAUAAGCGACAUGAGCUUCAAGAUGUUGCUGCUAGGCAUGGCCACGCUCAACUUCUUCACGGCCUUCAUGCUGGAGACCGCCCUGGAUCAUGGCAUGCUCAACUGCCUGCGGCAGCUGCGCCAGAAGAGGGCCUCCAAGAAGCUGUUCAAGAGGCUGGAGCAGGAGCUCAGUCAGCAGCAACCGCCGUCCUGGCCGCCACUGAACGAGCCGCUCUUUGCCACGCCCAAAAUGUCCAUCUCCGGGAGCUAGCCCCGGCCCUAGAGAACCCUCGCUCCAGGGACAAUGUCCGUGAGUCCAGCAACAGCCUGGGGGAGCUUUCCGGCCUUCCCCGAUCCAGCUCCAUUUAUUUAUGUUCCUCUGUCCGUCGCUGCCUUCCCCAUGGGCUCUGGCUACUGCAGGGUUCUCGGUGCCCAGCCCCAGUGAGACGCCUCACGCUGAUCGCCCCAAGGUGCUCGUCUCAGGGGAUGGAUGCGGGAGGCAGAGGAAGGGCCGGGGAGCCCGUCUCCCCUGGGGUGCAAGUACUCAACCCGCCCUCGCUCUGGAAAGCAGGGCAGGUGGGGUUACCGAGGGAAAGCCCUCAGCAGCACUACCACAGAGCAGCUGCCCUCCGCUCAGAAAACUAUUCCAGAUCUCUGGCGUGCCUGGGUCAAGCGCCAGUCGGGAUUAGACACAGGCAAGUGACUGGUCCAGUCGCGCCCGUGACUCAGGAAGAGGAGCUGUCCGGGACUGCUGCUAUGUCGUAGUCACAGUGCCCCGUCGAAUGGUUACCUUCCCCGUAAGGGGCCCCAGCUGAUCCUUCAUCUCCCGUGGGACCGCGCUCUUCCACUCGCUGGGGGUGGCUGGGUCAGUGCCUCAGCUGGGUGAUUUGCCCUGGACUGGGUGUGGAGCGGUCCUCUCAGCUAUGUUGCACCUUGUCGGGGAGGGAUGUUUGAAAACGGGGACCCCCUCUCACCCCGCACCCUUGUGUCCUUGGUGUUAAAAGCCACUAAUAAAAGAUGGCCUCUGUUGCCAUGGUGCUGCACUCGUCUUGUGGCUCCUCUCACUGUGAACAAGCCACCUGCAUCCCUCCGCAGACGAGGCGGCGACCUCCGAACGGCCACGCGUAGCAGACACUGUUAGCUCGCCGGACCGGUUUGCAACCCAGCUGCUGUAGCAAACGAGAGUGUUACCUGGCCCGCGUGAUGCUCAGAGACGGGCAUGACGAGCUGCUGGAACGUGACAGAGGAUGGGAUUAGAGAUAUUUAAUUAAGAAUAUAGUUGAGAGCUGUAUUUAUUCCACACUCCCCCCCUCGCCUGUUCAUCGGAGCAGGUAGAAUUGUAGCAGUUGGCUGUACUGUCCAUCCAAACCGAUCCUUGCCUCCACUCUUGAGACGUGCCUGGAUUGCUGUUACUAUUCCAAAAAGUUGGGUCAUUUGCCACUUCUGUAGCCGAGAAGCUGCGGGCCAGAUUCCAGUUUGAAAGCCGGGUUUGUGCACUUCCACUGCUGAUGGGUCCUCUGCUAGAACGUUACUGGUGACACUUCGGCAAAGUGAUGGAAUUGAAAUGGAAGAUGUGUAGGAUGUAAGCUCUAUUUUUAUUCGUCAAAGUGUAUAGAGAGGGUGUGUGUGUGUGUGUGUGUGUGUGUAAAUCAUGUACAAUCUCCAACUUCGCUGUGUUGCUUUUUUGAGUGUAUCUAAUAAAUCAACAUUAUUUUCUUGAAAACUA